UGGUGCGGUAAGACUUUGCAUUAUAUUCCCAAUGAUGUCCGACCUUAUAUGGAAUUCGAAGUCAAUUCUUUGUUAAGCCAAAAGAAACUAUGUCUCGUUCUUGAUCUAGAUCAUACACUCGUUAACACAACUCGUUUGGCAGACUUAACUUUGGACGAGGAAUACUUAAAGGAUCGAACUAUAUCCUCUUUAUUUCGACUAGAUAAAUAUGGGAUCAUUACGAAGUUGAGACCUUUUGUUCACAAGUUUUUACAAGAAGCGAGUAAAAUGUUUGAAUUGUGUAUUUACACGAUGGGUGAACGUGCUUAUGCAUUAGAGAUGGCGAAGCUUCUUGACCCUGAAAACCAGUAUUUUCAAUCAAGAAUAAUUUCUAAAGACGACUAUCCUAAAAGAGAUAAAAAAGAGCUCAAUGUUUUAAAGGUACCAGAGAGUUUAGUUAUAGUACUUGAUGAUACAAAAAUGGUUUGGGAAAAGAACAGAGAAAAUCUGAUUUUGAUAGAUAGAUAUUGCUACUUUUCUUCAAGUUGUCAUGAUUUUGGGUACAAAAAUUGUAAGUCUCUUUCACAAUUGGGAAGAGAUGAGGAUGAAUGUGAUGGAGCACUUGCAAACAUUCUUCGUGCUCUUAUAAGAAUACACCGCGAAUUUUAUGAUAAUGAUCGAAGUAUUGCUGAUAGAGAUGUGAGGCAGAUGCUAAAAACAGCAAAACAGGACGUUUUAAGAGGUUGUAAGAUAGUGUUUAGUGAAGUUUUUCCUAGAAAUUAUGGUGCUGCUAAUCACUCUUUGUGGAAGAUGGCGGAAGGGUUGGGUGCUAUAUGUUCGACUGAACUUGAUUUUUCUGUCACCCAUGUUGUUUCGACAAAUGGUGACAAUGAGAAGUCUCGUUGGGCGGUCCAAGAAGGCAAGUUCUUGGUGCACCCUAGGUGGAUUGAAGCUGCAUAUUACUUGUGGCGAAGACAUUUGGAAGACGAGUUUCCGGUGAAUGUAGCUAAGUGCUUGUCGAAGUAAGCCUGAUUAGAUGGUUCAAACUUGCACCAGAAUCUUGGAGUUAACAAUGUAAUUUUGACAAACUCAUGUGUAGUUGAGGAGAUGAAGGAUUAAGAUGAUAACAAGUUUUGAUAAUUCGCCAAAUUAAAAUGAUUUCGACUUACAAUAUAUGCAGCUUUACAUUUCCAGAUUGUCUUGUUUCAGCAAAAUACUGUAAUAGACAUUAUAGUAGUACAUUGUAAUUCUAUUUCCUUGUUCACCAAAAAAAAAAUCAUGUAUGGUUUCAAGAUCAAAGAAAAA